GUCUGUGUAUACAGGGGAUUGCUGGUAGCUGGUGAGGGAUUCACUCUGGAGAUCUGGUGAGAAGACAGACACAUGCAGUGAUACACACGUACACAAAAAGAGCAAUGGCAGUCACAGCUGAAAAAACAUAUUAUCGGUUUCUGGUUCUUUUCUUCACCUGCCUGCUCACGUUUGGCUCUUAUUUCUGUUUUGAUAUCCCGAGUGUGCUUCAGGAUCAGUUUCAGGGGAACAUAACCUUUCAAAAUGGGACUUCCACUAACCACAGUGGGGGCUGCGUGGAUGGUCUGGGGAUGAGCCCUGAAGAGUAUAAUUUACUCUACGCCAUCUACGCGUGGACCAAUGCCCUAGUGGUGAUAAUGGCUGGCUACCUCAUCGAUAAACUCGGAAACCGAUUUGGACUGUUCCUUUUUUCAUUUUUGACUGUUCUGGGCUCGGCCAUAUUUGCACUUGGUUCCCACUUCAAAGGAACGCCAUACCUGCUACCUCUAAUGCUAACCGGGCGGCUGUUGUUUGGUUCUGGAAAUGGUUCACUGACAAUUGUUCAGAACAGAGUUACAGCCUUUUGGUUCAAAGGGAAAGAACUGGCUUUGGCGUUUGGUCUGACUCUCUCUUUCUCGCGGCUCGGAAGUGUCUUGAAUUUCUUCUUCACUCAACAGUUUGAGAGUCACUAUGGCAUCCAGUGGACUCUCUGGGGAGGAACCAUCCUUUGCGUACUGGGCUUUCUGGCAGCAAUCACAGUUAGUAUACUGGAUAAAGUCGGCAUGAAGCAAUUGGGAUUAGAUGGAGCCAUGCAGGAAGAAUCAAAGAAAGUGCGAGUGCAGGAUGUUCGACACUUACCAUUACGCUAUUGGCUGCUAGUUCUUACCAUCAUGUUCUUCUACAACGGCGUAUUCCCAUUUGUAGCAGAUGCAAGUAAGUUCAUCCAGGAUAAAUAUGAGGGCUAUGACCAGAAGACAGCAGCCUACGUCGCUGGGGCAGUUUAUGACAGCUCCUUGGUACUGUCAGCAGCCGUUGGAAUAUUAAUUGACUACGUAGGAAUGAGAGGCGUACUGGCUGCCCUUUGUGCUAUUCUGACACUUCCGGUCUUUGCUCUCCUGGCUUUUACAUUUGUUCCACCACUGGUAUCCACUUUGUGGCUUGGAGUUACAUAUUCAUUUGCAGCGGCAAGUAUGUGGCCUUCAAUACCCCUCGUGGUCCCACAAGCUACCCUGGGAACGGCCAUGGGGCUCGCCACCUCUGUACAAAUGAUUGGAAUUGGUCUGUCAAACCUGAUUGUAGGCAAAAUCCUUGGUACUAAAUCCAGUGAAAGAAAGAUCCCACUGUGGCGUUGGCAGCAGAUGAUGAUAUUCAUGCUGGCAAAUACCAUAGCGUGUAUAGCAACCUCUGUCAUCCUGAAUAUAGUGGACAAGAAACAGGGUGGAACACUAAACAAGAUGUCAAAACGGGCAGAGUCAGAGUCCGGUGAUGAAUCCGAUCGCACACCAAUCCUAAACGCGGAAGAUGACAGGCAUUUGGACUAGGGGGUACAAUACUUCGACAGUAACUGCACAGCAAGUUUGUUUCGGCUGCUGGAGUCAAACUCUCUACCAGCUGGUGAUGCGUUGCAGCCAGCAAAUGCACUCUGAGACAGAUUGACACUACUCAUUAUGGGAUGCAAAUUGUGUUACCAACACACCUCGCAAUAUUCACUCUGAAUUGAUUACUUUGGUUUUACACAUUACAGUAUUUUUCUUACGUAAAAGCUGUGCAAACAGUUUAAUAUUUGAUUCUUAAACGGCUGGUUGGAAAACCAUGAGUGCUCGGUUUUAAUCCACUAGUUUAAAGGGAAAAGAUUAUCUAUGUGUUUCUAUAAUAUAUUCCAGGGUAUAAUUACACUUCAGUUUAAAGGGAUUUUUGUCAGAAUAAGCUAACUGACCUUUAUGUUGUAUGUAAAGAGUAGUUGAUUUACAAGUCAUGAUGUAACAGAAUUAUUUGGCUACUAGAACUUUGUUUAAAUAAACCAUAAUCCACUACUUUUAUACACAAGUGCCAAAUAACUACGCAAAGGACAAGUGGUCAUAACUGUAUUGUAACACAGUCUAAUCUGGACUUUAAUAGAUGUUAAAAGAAAUCUAAUGAGGAAAAUAAA